GUCUUCUAAAAUUCUUCUGAAUUUAAGAAGGUUUUUAGAAUCUCCAUUAACAAAGACCACCAAGUCAUCUGCAAAGGCAAGAUGGCUUACCAAAGAGCAGAUAUCUUCUAUAUUGGUGAGGAUUUGACCAUUUUCAUCUUGGAUGGAUCUAAUGUGAAGAAUAGUGUUGAAGUCCCCGCCCACUACCCAAGGAUGAUCUACAGAGUUAAUCGUGAUAAGAUCCUCCCAAAGCUGCCUUCUAAGAGUUGUACUGUGACCACCAUAGACUGCAGUGAUGCUGAAUUUUGAUUUGAGGUUGGAGCUCCAGAAUUCACAGGAAAAUUUUUUAGGCAAAAGAUUUAGCAGCUGGGAAGGAAGGAAAGUGCUCCUGUACAUUGAAGAGGGAAUGUAGGCCCCACUUUUGAGACUGUUCACUCUCCUCAGGAACUGUAGAAUGGCCAUGGGAUCUGCACUUGAACUUUGAAGGUCCAAGUUUGCAGCAUCUAUAGCAGAAUCCUGGGACAUUCUCAAAAGAGCAUUGAAUGAUGAUGUCUCUAGGGCCAAUUCUAAGGUGAAUCUGUGGAGGAAGCUUCUUUAGUACGAACCAGAUGGGUUGUUUUAGAAUCCAUGGUACAAGGUUUCCCCAAGGUGCUAGCAAUAGUAAACAGAGCCUUAGGAGUAAUGAGAUGCGUAGGGAGAUUAUGGAAAGUGGCCCAGAUAGGAAUAAUAGGACAGUCUUUAU